GCAAAGAAAAGGGUUUUAUGUUGUUCUUCAGCAAACCAACACAUAUCCGCUGAAUCUUUCCAGGUACAAAAAUCUUCAGCUUCAAAUCUGUCAAAUUCCAUUCUCUCCACGUUCGAACUGUAGUGGGUCUUCUAUAUCUCACUUGAAAUUAUAUUUUUGGUGCAGUAAUUGUAAUUCAUCCGAGUUACUCCUCCCAGUCAAUUUAGAUCUUCAAUUCAAGCUUCAAGACCCUGUUGCUUUUGAGUCACCCUUUGCUAAAGUGGGUGUGCGGACUGCCCAUCUUCCACAAAUCUCCAGUUAGCCAGAUAUGGCUGCCACAGAUACUUCACCAUCACUGGAGAUUUUAGCUAGAGAACCAGAAGGAUACUCUCUCUGGGAUGGACCUCCAUUUAACAAUGGGGAACCACGUGUUAAGCUUGCAAAAGUUCCAUGCAGCACGUCGAAGUAUAGUGAAGAUGGAUCUAGGCUCAUGGUGAUUAAACCUGACUCUAAGAUUAGCAUCUAUGAUUGUUCCAGCUCCACUGAGAUCAGAUCUUUCGAGAUACCGAAUUUUCUAGCAGCCGCUUUGUCUCCUCGUGGGACAUAUCUUCAAACCUUUCAGAAAGUUUCGACACCACAAGAGAAGAAUGUGGUUUUGUGGAAUAUAGAGACUGGCACUCCAGUUUAUCAGCUGUUUCAGAAAAGCAUGUCGAGGACUACAUGGCCCUCAAUUUGCUUUUGCUCUGAUGAAUCUGUUGCGUGUCGGAUGGCAACAAAUGAAAUACAGUUUUUGGAUACUGGGGAUUUUUCAAGAGGCUUCACUAAGCUUAGGAUCCCUGGUGUAGCUGCAAUAGAGCUUUCUAAGACUCCAGGGUCUCAUGUUGCUGCAUUUGUUGCAGAAGCUAAGGGGAUUCCAGCCAGUGUCCAAAUUUUUGCUUGUGGGAAGGAUGCUCAGGCUCAACCUGUUGCUCGAAAAAGUUUUUUCCGGUGUUCCACAGUGCAAUUAAUUUGGAAUCAUGGUUCUACGGGGCUUCUAAUUAUAGCACAAUCAGAUGUUGAUGCAACCAACCAGAGUUACUAUGGAGAAUCAAAGCUGCACUACUUGACAACUGAUGGAACUCAUGAAGGAUCUGUUCCCCUGCGUAAAGAAGGUCCUGUUCAUGAAGUUCGAUGGUCAAGCACUGGUGCAGAAUUUGCUGCUGUUUAUGGAUAUAUGCCUGCAAAAGCAACGAUCUUUAACAAGAAGUGCAAUCCUCUGCUUGAACUUGGAGAGGGUCCUUACAACACUAUCAGAUGGAACCCGAAAGGAAGAUAUCUAUGUUUGGCAGGGUUUGGUAACUUACCUGGUGACAUGGCAUUUUGGGACUACAAAGAGAAAAAAUUGCUUGGAUCGACAAGGGCAGAGCUAUCCGUAUCAAGCGAAUGGUCCCCAGAUGGCCGUUAUUUCAUGACUGCUACAACAGCUCCAAGAUUACAGGUUGACAAUGGGAUUAAAAUCUUCCACCCCAAUGGAUCAUUGUUGUUUAAAAAGAUGUUUGCCAAGCUUUACCAGGCUGAUUGGAAGCCAGAAGCCCCAGAAAAAUUUGGUGAUGUUCCUGAACUAGCCGAAGCAAUUGGCUCAUUAAAGAUAGAUGAGAAAAAACAAUCAGGACCAGGACAAGGGUCAAAGUCUUCCCAAGGCGCUAAGAAAGCAGCUGUUGUUAAUCCUGUUGCACCAAAGCCUGCGGCUUAUCGACCACCUCACGCCAAGGUUGCAGCUUCUGUGCAGGCCGAGCUUUUUGGGGGAGGAAGUUCGACAGAAGAAAUGAGCAAGAAUGCAUUGAGAAACAAACUGAAAAGGGAGAAACAAAGAGCCAAAAAGGCUGCAGAGGGUGGUGCUUAAUCUUGGAGGCGCUAAAAUGGCCACCUUCUGGUUUUCUAAGGUUCUUCUCCCAUUUAGAAUUUCUGACGACAUUGUACAAGCCUUUUGAGCAGAGAAACAUGCGGGUUUGAACCGCUAUUAGGAUCUUGUCCCCAAUUUUUCAACCCAUACUGUAUUUUUGUGUACCAUUUCCAUUUAGAAAUUUAUCGCGAUGAUUAGAUAAUACUUUGUGGACCUUUUGCCUGUUAAUUAACUAAAGGUCGGUCUGUUGAUUCGA